GUUGUUCCGGAAGUGCGCUUCGAGGGCCCAUCACAAGCGAACAAUUCACAAUUUGUGCGAUUAUGAGCUCCCAUUUACGUGGAGUUGUUUGUUUCUUUGCUUGGUAGCUAAGUUACCUUGUUUAUCAAUGAAAGACACAGCUAGCUGAUUUUUCUCCCCAUCUGAAAUGUAAAUAAAAUGUCUGUCGUCUUUGUGCCGAAGAAGCAACGUGGGAAAGCUCAGAUCAACCAGGAGAUAAUACAGAGAUUACUUGAUGAAAAUGACCAGCUGGUGAGGUGUAUAACGGAAUACAUGCAGAAAGGGAGAGCAACUGAAUGUGUCCAAUAUCAACAGAUACUGCAUCGGAACAUCGUUUACUUGGGAACUAUCGCUGACGCUAGCCCAAACCUUCCUCCAACACUGACUACAACCUUUGAAAAUGGGGAGGUACCAACAAUGACCGUGCCAGGCUUAAACGGUGACCUGAAGAAUUCCAGUACAUCUGAUGACAAAGAAAACAAGGUUACAGGUGAAAGGAGCAGAAAACGAAACAUAGCUGCUUGUGUUGGUUUUGGAAACUUGCCUCAUUGAGAUGAUUUCUUUCCACCACAACAAGCAUGUAUUAGGAUACAAUUUGUCUAUUUAUUUGGUAACCACGGUAGUAAUGCGGCAAACAAAUUGCAGAGCUCACAUGUGUUUCUCUUACCAGGGUCCCUGUGAGUCAUCAUGAUGAUUCCCACCAGAGAUUUUAUGCUGGCCUCCUUAAAUUUAAACAUACAAUCUUGUUUUUUUCAGUGCUUGAAAACCUUGGUCAGUUCAAAAGUGUUAACACAUUGAAUGCAUAUAUACUAUCUUUUAAAUAUACUUUUUUUAACUGUGUAUGUGGAAUUAAACAAACCAAUGCAUUGUGUGGCCUUUGAGCAUUAUGUGAUUCCAGAUUCAGAACUAAAUUAACACCAAUUUUCUCAGCACCAUCCUAGCUUUUUCCCAGGACAAAUCAGUAUGUUGGACAUUCCGCACACCACCCAAAAUCCUGUGUGAACUGAAUCAUCAUUUUCACCCCACCCUACCACAUAUUAUUUGAGUGAUUAG